ACACAAAUGUUGCAACACAAUCUGAAAUUUCCUCUUUUCUUUCCUUCCUGCAUUUCUUACAGGUUCCUUUGCGUCAGAAGGCAAAAAAGAAAAGUCAAGGGUUCUUUAUAAUGAGCCGACGGAGGAUAUCGUGCAAAGAGCUGGGGCAAGCCGAUUGCCAAGGAUGGCUCUACAAAAAGAAGGAAAAAGGAGCUUUCAUUGGCAACAAAUGGAAAAAGUUCUGGUGCGUGCUAAAGGAGUCAUCGCUGUAUUGGUACAGCAGUCAGCUGGCUGAAAAAGCAGAAGGAUUUAUAAGACUUCCAGACUUCAGUGUGGAUCGAGCAAUUGAAUGCAAAAAAAAGCAUGCUAUUAAGAUCAGCCACCCACAGAUCAAGACAUUUUAUUUUGCAGCAGAAAAUGUUCUGGAAAUGAACACGUGGCUAAGUAAGCUGGGAAUGGCUGUAGACCCUCAGGCACCAAACAGGAAGAAUGAGGAAGAAUGCUACAGUGAAAGUGAGCAUGACGACCCCGAAAUAACAGACACGCCACCUCCACCCUACACAGUCCAGACCCCACCUCCUCCUUCGGAUCAGCAGAAGUCAUCAUUCACCUCAACUCUGUCAAGUGAAGCAUCUUGCUCUCUCUCCUCUCCUGAAAGCACUUUCAAUUCCCAAGAAUCAUCGUCUUCCUUGACAUCCAAAGUGGUUUAUUCCGAGAGGCAGUCCUGGCUUGACCUGGUGAACAGCUCUGCCACGGAAGAGGGUGAUCAGCCAUUAACAUUCUGCGUACAGAUCCAUUCUGCCGAGGCGCCACAAGUGGUCUGUGCGGAUGCAGCAGAAAGCCAGGAAGUCCAGCUCUCCCAACCCAAUGGUGGAUCCCAAACCUCUUACCUAAGUGCAGAUACACAUUGUCUAGCUGUGCCAGAUGCAGCAGGACAGCGAUCACCAGCCAGAGACCAGGAAAAGUGUGAUGAUGAUGAUGAGAUGGAGCGACUUUACAAGUCAUUGGAGCAAGCGAGCCUGUCUCCCAUUGGUGAUCGUCGACUGUCAACUAAGAAGGAGCUUAGGAAGUCAUUUAUCAAGCGCAGCAAAAACCCCUCCAUUAAUGAGAAACUCCACAAAAUUCGAAUGCUGAACAGUACAUUAAAGUGUAAGGAACAUGACCUGGCCACAAUUAACCAGUUGCUAGAAGACCCAAAGUUGACAGCGGUGAAGUACAGAGAGUGGAGGAGCACAAACAUCAUGCUGGUCCAAGAUAUUUAUCAGCAGCAGGAGGUCCAGGACACAUCCACAGAGAAUAGUGAAGAGCAAGAAAUGACUCCACAGCCAGUCACUGAAAGUGCUAUUUGAUCAAUGGCACAUGACAAGAUUUUUCUGCACGGGUCUUCACGUACAAGCGAUUUAAGCUGCUGUAUCUUGAGGUUUGUUUUUCGCAAGUGUGCUUAAAAGGAAAACAACCCAGUCUCCAAAGUUUUAAAUGUUCUUGCAGAGCUCAUUUAAUGUCAAAUGGACAAGUUUCCCAAACUUGCCCAAGUUGCCCAGAAAUCACGCCUGAAUGUGGCCUGCAUACGUAAGAAGACUAUUUAACAAAGCAGCAAAGAAACGUUUUUCAGUUUUUGGAGAAAAAAAUUAUAAGUGUCCAGCUCCUGAAGGAUGCAGAACUAUGUAAUAUCUACUGUAUAAAUAUGAGAUCCUUGGGAUUGUUUUAACUAUACACCUUACCUUGAAAUGAAGCUAAACUGAUCCCAACAGGAUGUAGCCUACUCUACCUUUUUACCCUCUAUGGUAACCUGAUGUAUUAGUUUUCAUCUCUGUACCCAUUUACUUUCACCACUCAACCACUUUAAAUGGAGACAAAUGGAAGAGCAAUUGUGCAUGAGUUGAUAAUGUUGACAGCUGCCAGGCACCCAGUUUGGGUUCUGCCUGAUGCUUUAUGAGUUUCAAAUUUAUUUAUGGUCCAGACCAAGAAGGUACUGUCUUUCUACAAGAAGAAGAGGUCUCUAAGUUUUUUGCUAACAUGUAAUUUACUCUUCAGUGAGAUAAGAUUCAACUUUUCUUAUGGACUUGGCAGAAUUUCUUGGAAGAAUUAUGUUCUUCUUUCUUUUUUUGGCAACUGGGAGUAUAAAAGGUACAAGUUCAUCCCAGAGUCCAACUUAAGGAAGGUGAUCAUAUUCACAAGCCAGAAGCUAAAUGACUCAACUCCUAAUGUGGACCUAGAAGUGUAAAACAAAGCUGCAAAUAUUUUUGUAAAUAUAUGUAAUUUUAUUACUUAUAUGAAUGUGACUAUGUACUGUAUAGAUGUUUUAUUUAUAUAUUUAUAUAUGCUGAAUUUCCUAAUAUAAAUAGGCACAUGUGGACCAAGCCCACUCAGCUGGGAGUGCUUACAGAUUGACUUGAAAUGCCUCUUUAUUUUGUGUUCCAUUAUAGAUCACAGUAAUCGCUCUGCAGCUGAGACUACCCUGAGGCAUAUGCUGUGGCUCUUUCUUCUGCUUUUCUAGCUUUGAGUUUUAGAUGAAGAAAAUCUGUACAACUUAGGGCCUGAAAAAAGUUUUCUAGAGAGUUUGAAGAGUUCCCUUUGAGGGGAAAAAAAAUAAGAGGUUUUGCUGCAGGAUCAUGACUUUUUGGGUUCAUUGUCCUCAUUACAAGGUUUUAGGCUUUUGCCUUCCUCUCUUCUGCAGUAUAAGGAAUUUUGCAGAGUGCUGAAUUUUGAAAAGCAAGAAUUAGUCCACCAUUCCCAAAUAAAUGUCACUACAGGAACCGUGACAAUCCGCACUUCUGUUGAUAUUUCGUGAGGAUAUUUGUCAUUAGUUUUCAAUACAGUUUAUCUUUUAAAGCAAAAUACACUAUAGACAUGCAGCCAUAUUCACCUCUCUUUAUACAUUUUAUGUUUUAUCAUAGCUUGAUUGACAAAACAAAAGAUAGUGGUGUUAGUGGGAACAUAUGAAAUCUUUUCCACCUGUGUAGUGAUUUGUUUGAGUGUUGAUAUUGCACUUUUAAUACUCAACAGCUUUGCUUUUAAAAUAGAGGCAAGGAAAUAGAUGAAGAUGACUAAAUGGGGAAGCAGACACAAAAUCCUGGAUGGUUAAAAAGCUAUUCUUUUCAGGAAAUCAUCAUAUGAAUGGUGAUUCCAUCACUUCACUAAUUCUAAUUAGAAGUUAAGCAAGCUAAAUACCUGCUGCAAUUUUGUUUAGAGUAACUGCAUCUUAAAAUGGAGCCCAUUUUUUGGUUGC